GUUUAAAAGCAGAGAUAGAUCUCUGCACUGUAUGACCCUCCAUAUUCCUCAUCUAUACUGGUAUCACCAAAGGUUCUACUUUGAAAAUGAAGAUCACCAUUAUGUGCCUUUGUUUGGCCAGCUCAAUAUCUGCUGCUCCACGUCAACAUUACUUCAAUUACAUGCCCCACUAUGGGGAUCCAAGGCAAUCAGGACCACCCACACAAGUGAAUGAAGGCCUCUACCCAGCAGGCCAGCCUUACCCUCAGCCUGGACUCAACGGCCCUGUCAGCAUGGAAAUAGUGUUUCCACAGAGAUUCCCUGGAUGGUCUACUGGUGGCCAGAUCAAUGGACCACAGUCCUAUCCCUCUCAAGCCUUCAUCAAAUAUUCCCUACCUAAGGCCCCAGGAAGAAAGAGUGUAGAAAUUUACUACCCCUAUGACUUUGUGCAGCAAAAGAUGAUGCCAAAUAUCCCUCAGAUGCCACAGAUUCCAAAUCUGUUCCCGAAUGAAUAUCAACCACAAACUGUGCCACAGCAAAGACCCAAUAUCCAAUUCCCACCAAACUCCCAGCUUCCUCAUUCCCAGGAUCCUUUGCAGCCAGCUCAGCAGGAGCAGACAGGCCAGGUACCUCAUGUGCAACCAUAGAAUGGAAACUGAAGUUACCAGCUUGAAGGAAGUACAAAGUCUGCCGACCCAGAGAAGACCAGAUGAUUUGCUGCUUCAAUGUGGCCUUUUGUUUUUAAUUGGGGUAUUUACAGUAGUAUGGUUAUGAGUGUCAAUGUAGAGUGUUAAUCUACUGUCCUUUAGAGUUUUUCCCCUUGAAGUUUCUAGCGAAGGCUAUUGUAAUUAGUAUAAUAAGCAUGCAUCAUUGAUAUUACAGUGGGCAAUAGAGAGUAUGGGUGGACAUUUAUCUGCCUUACAAUUUUAAUUUAAGCCAUGUAUUUUAGUAAAGGCAAUUAAAGUAUGUUUUACAAGCAAUCGUUGAGUGUUUUCCCUGUAUAAUAUCUUUGUGUGAAUUUGGAGUAGAAUAAGUUAUUUGAUUAAACAGUUCAUUUUAUUCAAUUAUUCUUUAACAGUACAAUAUCUGUAGGUGUUCAUUUCAGUUGAUAAGUGUGGAUCGAUGGAUAUCUGUUGAUAAUAAAUAUCAAUGUCCAUUAGUUUAUAGUUCCCACUUACUUUACUGCAAAAGGAGUUACCAUUAACUGUAAUGCUUCAUGGCCAUAAAAGUCAAAAAUGUAUAAUAAAGUUUUGAAUUUAAA